AUGACGAGUUCGAACAAAGCUCGCCGUUAUUUACAACAUCAUAAGCAACACUGUACAGACGCACAUAACAAUCAUCAGUCAGCUGCUGAAUUAUUAAUUAUCGAUCCAACAUUGGCUGUCUCAUCAAUGCGAAAAUUUCGUGGUAAAAUUCAUCAACAACAGCAAUCGUCAACAACAGUUCCUAUACCACAAAUUUGUGUAGAUAAUGACGAUGAUGACAAUCAUGCUACUGCUGCUGCUGCUGAUGAUGAUGAUGAUGAUGGUAAUGAUAAUAAUAAGAACUCUAGUAAUGAUGAUAAUGGUCAUGUGGCUAUACUUGAUGAAUUUGAUGAAGUUCUAGAAAAUGAAUUAAAACGUUCAUCUGUUUUUCGUACAUCAUCAUUGAAACAUAAAGAUUCGAAUAAUCUAAUUGGAAUACCUAUUAGUCAACAGCGAAGUUUUUCAUUUGCACUUGGUUCAACGACAAAUUUACAUGGAAAAAAUCAUGAUCCUGAUGAUGACGACGGGUACGAACAUUAUAACCAUAAUGAAUCAGCAAAUAGGUCACCAUCUAAAUCUGCAAAACUUCCAUCGUCUAUUAAAGCAAGUUUGUCGAAAGAGACAUUCUCACGUUUACUUCAUUCUCUUGCAUUUCGCUCGGGGAAUCAUACAACCUCGAAAGUAACAACAGACUCUAAUGCACAACAACAACAGCAGCAACAGCGACCAUGUUUAGCUUGUCAAAAUCAUCCUAAUUUAGAUUUAAUUUCUAAAUAUAAAAAACGUCCAUCAAUAUUUGGCGUUCUCGUAUCGAAACUCAAUACGACAACAACAAAUGAAAAUAACUCUGAUCGUUGUCCUGUAUGUAAACGACGUUUAUCAAAAUCAACUUUCGAUAAUACGAUUACGAAUAAUACUGAUGAUGAUAAUCAUGAAACACCACCGUCAACACAAAAUUUUUCAUUGUCAUCAUUAGCAUCAACAAAAAUUCUCAACGAUCAUGGACAAAUACUGUCACGUACAAAAAGACGUCGAAGUCUACCGUCAUUAUUUCAAAGUCUUUUUGAUUUCGAUCAUCAUGAUCAUAAACGACGUAUAGAUAAUACACAAAUACAGCAUCGCCCAUCAUUUUCAUCAAUAUUGACACAUACUUUACUUGAUAGUAUUACUCGUGAGCAACAACAACAACAACAACAACAAUCACUUACUACUGUUAAACAAACAUCACCACUUUCAUUUUCAUCUGUUUCACUCGCGGAAUCUGAUGAUAGUAAAGAGAACAAUGAUGAUCAAUCAUAUAAACGACAAUUAACGAUUUCUGACGAGUCAACUCAACUAACCGAAAAGUUCCAGGUCCGUAUUGAUUCUGAUGGAUAUGAUGGAGAGAAAGAAGAAGGUGACCAUGAAAGCACUCUUGAUAGAGAAACUUCUACAGGCGAAUUAAAUGAUUUAAACAUUAUGGCUGCCAACGAUUCAACAAAUGAAAAUAAUAAUAAUCAAUUCUUUCUACAUCCACCUGAUUCUAUGAAUGAUUCAACAGCAUUGCUAAUUGAUAGUCGUCAUGCACUAGUGACAAAUUUACAAAUACGCAGAGAGAAGACACGAAGUUUAUUAGUUAAUGUAUUUCGAACUCGUCGAUCAAAUGUUGCUUUGGGAUCAAAUGAAACAAAUAUGGUUGGCAAACAAUUCAGUGUUUCAGUGAUUAAUUUAGCGACAUCAAUUGGCUCAAAUCGAAUUAAUGCUACUACACCAGUUAAUAAUGAAUCAACACUUUUAAAUCUUCUUGAUCAUCGAAAGCAUGCUUUAUCCGAGGAAACUUUACCAUCAACAGAUGGUUCCUACAUCUAUUUUACUAAUGUUAAUGGUCAGAAUUUUAAAGAACGAUUUAACUACUCGAAUGCGUCUGAAAAUACAACAUUAAGAGAAAUUUUGUUAAAAUUAUUUGAAAAGCAUCACCUGACUAUUGAAACAUAUAACAUUUGUUUACGAAGUGCACCUAGUUUACCAUUGCCCUUGGAUCAACCAGUCAAACAUCUUCCGCUAGAUGAUCUUGUAGUUACAGGUAUGCAGAAAGAAUAG